CAGGCAGGCAAAAAUGUGAUUUGAAGUUGGGGAAAAAGGAAUGGAAACCAACAAACACCCUAAUGGGAUCUCCUCCAACUCGGAAAUUAUGCCCUGCCCUUCCUCAUUUGGGACCUCUUCUGGCUGGCUGCUCCUCCAGAUCUCUCUGCUCCCCAAAGUCUUCUCCCUUCUCUAUCAUGUUCCCCCCCUCUUUCUCCAAAGAAACUCACACUUUGUAGAGUAUGACUUUUAGGAACCUACUCCAGAAGACCUUAGGCCUUAGGAAGUGUCUGCCUGCAAACACCUGCCCCGAAGGGUGGAAAAUAUUUAUUUAUGGGGGAUUUUUGCAAAUCCCAUUUUCCUGUGACUUCACAUAAUAUCUAUUUUCUAUGCAUAUAAAUACACAUUGAAUACAUGUGUGUUGCAUUCACAUUGAUACCACUUUCUUUAUUCAAACCACAUUCGUUUACAGGCUUUUGUGUCCGACUUCUCAUAAAACACCCAUCACCUAUAGUACCAUCACUAAAUUACUGUAAUUCCUACUGUGGGUUUGGAUAGGAGUAUGUGUGGAAUGACGUCUAAUCAAAAUUAUCUUCUCCUUACCUCCAAGCCCUUCUUAGACAUCCUCUCAGUCUACUUUGGCUUUCACAACACCCACCUCAGCUUCCCCAACUCUUAUAGAACCCGGCAUUCCCCUUCCCCAAAUAUCCCUGAGUGGCUGGACUCCCCCUUCAGAAUCUUGUCCUUUUGGAAACCUAAUCAGCUCUUUUUGUUUCUCCUCCUUCCCCAAGGCAAAGGAUUUAGGUCCUUUUAAUUAGGAAACGAGGAAAUAGAUCCACUUCCCCACUAAAUGAAGGGUUUAGCAUCUACUCCCCCUUCAAUUCUUCCCCCUUCUCCAACACACGCACAAAUUCCUGUAAACUAGCUCAUUCCAGCGAACCUAGAAGGCCCUGGGGAAGGGAGGGGCGACGAUCUAUUCAGAAAAGCCCCUCUGCGCAUCCUAAAUGAGGCCCCAUCUUUCCUUAAAAUUAAAUACAAUUUAAAAGGCCAACUCAGGGGGGUUUGUGUAAAACAGCACAGCUUCUCUUCGCUAGGGUAGAAAAAUCCACCCAGGAGAGGCGAGGAUGACAAGCCAGGAUGCAAUACCGCCGAGCCUACGCCAGGUGUCGCUGUGGACUCGUUGUCCCCGCUACCCCCUAAUUCCAACAACCAUUUUUUUUUCUCCCCCUUCUCUCCCUUUCUCUCGAUCCCUCUCCCCUCGGUUGGGCUGUGCCAACAUAUCAAGAUGCGUUUCGCCGGCUUCCAUCACUAACCUCCCGGAGGUCAUCAAGCCAAAUUUAUGAGUGGCCGCCCGAGUCACGUGACUCUAUUUAAGGAUCCCUUAUUUGGAAAGCGCGCAUAGGAUAAAGAAAGAGAUAUCUCCACCUAUAAAUUGUGCACUUUGGAGAACAAAAAACCCCUCAACUUCAAAGAGUCACAAAUCACCCUUAAUCAAAAAGGGUGCAGAAAUUUUUUUCGUCCCUCCCCGCCAUGAGCUCCUACGUAGCCAAUUCAUUCUAUAAGCAAAGCCCUAAUAUUCCUGCCUAUAGCAUGCAAACUUGUGGGAACUAUGGAUCUGUCUCAGAGGUGCAGCCAUCCAGGUACUGCUACAGUGGAUUGGACUUAAGCAUCACUUUCCCACCGCCUGCUCCUUCCAACUCUCUUCACGGGUUAGACAUGGCUGCCACUCCUAGACCUCACCCAGACCGACCCGCCUGUACCACGGUGGCAGCUCCGGGACACGCUCUGGGCAGAGACGAACCGGCUCCUCUAAACCCCGGGAUGUACAAUCAGAAGGCGGCUCGCCCGGCGCUGGAGGACAGAUCUAAGGGGAGUGGGGAGAUCAAGGAAGAACAGGCUCAGACUGGGCAGCCCGCAGGACUGAGCCAGCCACCGGCCCCGCCACAAAUAUACCCGUGGAUGACCAAACUCCACAUGAGCCACGAGACAGACGGCAAGCGAUCCAGAACCAGUUACACGCGCUACCAGACUUUGGAAUUAGAGAAAGAAUUUCACUUUAACCGCUACCUCACCCGCCGAAGGCGAAUUGAGAUCGCCAACAACUUGUGUCUCAACGAGAGACAGAUCAAGAUCUGGUUCCAGAACCGAAGGAUGAAAUGGAAGAAGGAUUCCAAAUUAAAAAGCAAAGAGGCUCUUUAAAGGGAAGAGGGAGAUGUGGGAUAUGACAAUCCCUUCAAAUAGUUUCUCUAGUUGGCUUGAAUCUACCUUGGGGAAACUUUUCAUUUUCUUUUUUCCUGUUUUUUUGUUUUGUUUUGUUUUAUUUUGUUUUGUGUGUGUGUGCG